CUCGCCAAUUAAUAUGGUCGCCGUUAGUAGUGUUUUAUUGGUUUUUGGACUGGUAACUGGCCUACAGUUUGUGAACACAGAUGUAUUGCAUGAAAAUGAGCUAGGACGAAUACUGACUCCACUGGGAGCCAAUUUCUUCGAUUACUUUCACAAAGAAAGCCUUCAUAGGGUUUCUAGUAAAAUGAAUACGGAGUGUUUGACGGACAUGGCUGAAGUUGCGAAUGGUAUCUCUUCCCAAAAGGUUUGGGCUUUAAAAAUGAUUGACUCGUGGGGAUUUAUCCCCUCUGGAAUUUUUACUGGAGAAACCUUUGAUUUGGGUAAUUUCGAUGAAUGCCUUUCUAUCGCGCGGGUCACAGAGGCCAAUCGAAAAAUUAGAGGAAAGUACUGCUUUCUUAUUGCCAAAAGUAUCAAGAUUGCAACGUGCUUUCCGGUUUCAUGUUUUGCUGACGACAUGACUCCUCUUUUGAAUAAUAUUAUUCAAAACAAAUUGAACACCAACAUCAGUAUUAAAAUCAGUGAAACCAGUUGCCAGACUAACGAUAGAGAGCCCUGGAAUGUCCUGACUGUUUUUACAAUAGUAAUACUGUCAGUACUGAGCAUAAUUGCGACUCUUGCAACGCUUUAUGAUUACUUUUUCUGCGAGGAUCAAAGUGGAAUUCCAAUCAUUGUUAAGUCAUUUUCGGCUAGAGCCAACUCCCGAGUACUUUUCCGGAUCGUGGAUAACAAAUCUAAUCCAAAUGUGAUUGAGUGCCUUCAUGGCAUCCGCUGCAUGUCACUUAUAUGGGUGAUUUUCUCCCAUGAAUUCAUUUUUGCUACCACAUCCCCAAACUUAAAUAUGGCAGAUCUUUUAAAGUGGGCUCAAAAGCCACUUGCCAGUUUUGUGUUAGAUGGAUACUUUUCGGUGGACUCAUUCUUCGUCCUCGGCGGCUUACUGGUAUCUAUGAUUGUGUUGCGGACUAUGGAGAAGUCUAAGGGAAAACUAAAUCCCUUUAUGAUGUAUUUGCAUCGCAUCAUCCGCAUCCUGCCUGUCGUAGCCAUGGCCAUACUCAUUUACAUGACGAUGAUGCCAGUUGUGAGUGGAGGACCCAUGUUCAAAGGUGGAUACCAUGGAACCCACUUCUGUGCAAGAAACUGGUACUGGACCUUGCUUUUCGUCCAAAACUAUGCAGUCCUUAACAUUUGCCUUGACCACACCUGGUAUCUGGCGGUGGAUAUGCAAUUAUACAUAAUAUCUCCGAUCCUCCUGAUCGCGAUCUACAAAUGGGGAAAGAAGGCUGCUGCUGGAAUUUGUGUAUUAAUAGUCCUACUUUCGGGAUGCCUCUUUGCCACUCAAAUGGUUAAUAAUUAUUCCCUGCUUAUUAGGAACGACGAUGAUGACGGCGUGGCCAAUAAGAAGUUGUACCUUGCCACACACAACCAUGCGGCGCCUUGGUUAAUUGGGUUUCUUUUUGGAUACUUCUUGCAUCUGAAUCGAGGCAAAAAGUUCGAGCUCAGUAAGCUUACUGUGUGGUCCGGAUGGAUUCUAAGCCUGGCCAUGUUAUUCACUUCGAUCUUCGCCCUCUACCCAGCUGGAAAAUUUGACUCUCCACCCAUUUCUGUUUUGGCGGAAUCGUGCUACUACACCCUCACCAGACUUGCUUGGCCUUUAGCCAUUUGCUGGAUCAUAUUUGCCUGCACCCAAGGAUAUGGGGGCCUGGCCAAUAGUUUCCUUUCCUCCCCGCUUUGGCAGCCUUUUUCAAGGCUCUCUUAUUCGAUGUAUGUCUGGCACAUGCUUGUCCAGGAAGUGAAUUCCAGAAAUGUUCGAACAACCACAUACUUCUCCGCCUACCAAAUGAUGCUUAGAUUCUGGCGAGACUUUGGCAAUACUCUGCUAAUGUCGUAUGUUUUGUAUCUUAUUAUUGAAGCACCUCUUAGUGGAUUUGAUAGUCUUUUACGGAGACGCAGAGAAUCUCCACCGCCAAGUAACCUCAAACUAAUAGCAGAUCAAAGUGAAGAAACUGAAAACCAAAAACCAGAAAUAGAAAAUUUGGCAGUAACUCAGAAUAGGAUGAAUUCUUAAUUAAAAUUGUUUAUCAUAUCUAUCCGAUAUUCUCUAUUAAUUCAUAAUUAGAAGAUCAAUAUCACAUGCGAUAGGAUAAGAUAAUAGAUUAGAUUGAAAUGAAAUCCACGUAUAGAAACGUAAUACGGUCUUUUCGAUUAUUGUAAUUGAACGGAAAAUAAUUGAUUGUUUUUGAUAAAUAUUUAAUUAAAAUUUAAAUUGAUAAAACUGACAUAAAAGGCGAUAUAUAGUUUACUUUUAGAACUUUGCUGUUAUAACUACCAACUUAUUUCGGAAUAUUGGGAUUUAUUUUUUUGCUGCUGAGUGCGCCCAAUUUUGUUAGUAACAUGAUAACUAAAUAAUAAUUUAUUUUAUAAAUAAUGGUAAUUUAUAAAAUUAUUCCCCCAAUAAAAUCUAAGAGUGGCCUCAUAAAUAAAUAAUAAACCCCUGAUGAGAUUAUGAAUUCAAAUCGUAUGGUCUAAUCCUUUUAGAACCACUUCGGAAUUGGGACACUACACGCGCUAAUAAAAAUUAAUCUUACACCAUGGGCCAAAAUAGGAU